AUGCAGGUUGACGUUUGCAAGCAUCCGAUCACUGAUCCACAGAAGCAUUCCAAGAAGGGUCGUCUGUGCCUCCAACGAUCGGCGUCGCAAAACGGAUUCGUCACGAUGGAGGAGGGUCAGGGCGAUUUGGAGAAAGAUCUACUGGUAACGGUGUUUGAGAAUGGACGCCUUCUCGUGGAUUACACUCUCGAAGAGAUUCGUGAGCGAGCUGAAUUGCCGACGGUGAAGGAAUUGCUGUCAAAUUCUUGCAAUCAUGUCAACGGAACGACAAACGCUACCGAUGGCGUCUAG